GGAGCUACAGUUUCGGUGGAAGAUGAAAAUAAACGAACCAGAACGGCUUAUACACGUGGACAACUUCUAGAACUCGAGAAAGAAUUCCAUUUCAAUAAAUACAUUUCUAGACCGCGCCGCAUUGAGUUAGCCGCCAUGUUGAAUUUAACUGAAAGACAUAUUAAAAUUUGGUUUCAGAAUCGAAGAAUGAAGUGGAAAAAAGACGAG